AUGCAAAACAUACACGAAGAUUCAACCAUAGUUAGCUCUGAUGACAUGCUUGAAAGUGUUGUUGAUAUUGUUCCUCUCAAUAGCAGACUACCAACAAAGCCUCCCUUAGAGUCAUACGAAGGAAUGGAAUUUGCAUCAAUUGAAGAGACGGGAAUUUACUACACAGGGUAUGCUAAGAAUACAGGUUUUAGUUUUUGUAUGGGUCGUGUUACUAAAUCAAGAACAAAUGAAGCAAUGAGUGGAAUUUCUCCUAAAACUAUCAUCACAGAUCAAGAUGCUGCUAUUAGUAAUGCAGUUGCAAAGGUAUUUCCAAAGGUUAAUCAUCAUUAUUGCAUGUGGCAUAUUGAGAAAAAAGUUCCUGAAUACUUGAAUCGUGUCUAUCAUGAACAUGGUGAAUUUAAAAAUCAAUUUUACAAGUGCAUCCACCAAUCUACCACUGUUGAAGAAUUUGAUUCUGAUUGGGAAGCAAUGAUUGAUAAAUAUGGAUUACAAGAUAAUCAAUGGCUAAACAAGAUAUUCUCCAUUCGAGAAAAAUGGAUUCCUGCUUAUGUACGUCACAAUUUUUGUGCAGAAAUGUCUACCACUCAAAGGAGUGAAAGUAUGAAUAAAUAUUUUAAGGAUUUUUUGAAUUCAAGUACUUCAUUAAGCCAAUUCGUGACACAAUAUGAAAAAUCUCUUGAUGCACGUUACAACAAGGAAAGAGAGAAGACUUUCAAAACAAGAAAUUCAAAGCCACUUUUACGAACUUUAUAUCCCAUGGAAGAAGAAACUUCAAAAAUUUAUACAAGAAAAAUGUUUAGAAUAUUUCAAGAUGAGUUGGUUGGUUCUCAAUUAUUUAUCACAGAAAAGGUUAAGUUUUCUAUUGAAGUCUCAACGUAUAAAGUUCGUGAAAUUUACAAAGAGAAGCCAAUCUACUAUGUGAAUUUUCAUGUCACUUCAAAAGAAGCAAAUUGUAGUUGUCACAUGUUUGAAUAUUCAGAAAACGUAAAAGAAGUGACAAUUGAAGGAUUUCAAGAAGGAAGCUGCAACGCUUCUCACACUUCAUUAUUUAAUAGUAUUAUGGUUCACUCCCUCGAACUAUCAGAAAGAGGUUCACAAUCCGAAAAACAUCACGAUAUUGCAAUUCAAAGUUUGCAAAAUGGGAUUGCAAAACUUGAUUUAUUGUAUAUUGAAGAGUCAAAUAAGAAGUUUGUUGAUUCAACAUCUGAAGAUAUGCCAAAAGUAUCUGAUGUUAACAUAACUUUGCAUGACCCUCCACUUAUAGCAACUAAAGGACGUUCGCGGACUUUGCGAAUGAAAAGUAGUUUGGAGAUGGUCAGAAAAGGUUCCUCUACUUGUAGUUAUUGCAUGAAAAAGGGUCAUACUAAGCCUAAAUGUCCAAAUUUAAAUCAAACAAGGUGCUAA